AUGGACGUGGCGCUGGAGUGGUACUACGCGGUGCCGCUGCUCUUCACAGCCCUGGCCGUCCUCCUCGCCUCGGCCUUUGUGAAGCUGCGAGCGCCGGCGGGGGACAAAGGGGCGGCCGCGGGAGAGCCCCGAGCCCCCGGCGCUGCGGCGAAGCGGCCGGGCGGAGGGGAGGAGCCCCCGCGAGGGCAGGAGGCUGAAGGGGCCGAGGAAGCCGCGGCCGAGGCGGGGAGGCCCGCGGAGGAAGCAGCCGCGGCUGGAGGGAAGGAGCAAGACGAGCGGCCAGAGCAGCACCGGCGGCAGCAGCAGGAGGACGAGGACGCCGCUGCAUCUCGCACCGCGAACGCAGAAGCGCCGAGUCCCCCUCCGGAGGGGAAGGUUCCCAGCCACGCGGCUGCCGCUGCGCUCCAGGGAGAAGAGGCGGAGGACGACGAAGACGACGACGAGGAGGAGGAGGAGGAGGGAAGCAAGGAGGAAGACCAAGAAUCAGAAACUGAGAAACUGGUGGAGAAGGAACUUGAUUCUGAAAAUGUAGAUGAACAGUUCUCCUUUAAAUAUAGUCCUGGGAAACUGAGGGGAAACCAGUACAGAACCCUUCUGACCAAAGAAGAACUUGAAGAGGAACAAAGGAUUCAGAGACAGCAGUUGGCUGCCAUCUUCAGUCUCAUGAAGGAAAAAGCAGAAACAUUUGGGGAGAUGACUGAAACUGAUAUCAAAGAACAGCUUAAGCUUUAUGACAUGUAAGCCACCAAGUCUCACCACCGUUUCCUUAGUCCUUUGGUACACUGAAAGCUGCAGAGUACUUCAAGAUAACGCUUGAGAUUGUUUAGGCCUCUGGAAAAGAAGUUAAGACCUGCU